AUGUCAGUCUCUCUAGACUGCUUCCUGCCAAUCAGUUACAGCGUGGCAGCUAGAUCUUACAUCAAUCUGCAUGCUAGAUACGACGAAAACGCUAACGCCACUGCUACGAAGGACAAGAACCUCGAGGCCUCGAGUCCAAGUGACGUUGAUUCCGAGUCUAAGGGUAUUGAUGUCGUACAAGUGCCACGUCUGCGACUGCGUGAACUCAACUGGAAGAAUCGUGACCAGUUCUUAGCGAUGAUGGAGCGUCACUCGUUUGUUGUCCUCACUGACAUAGGCAGAUCGCUGGAACAAACCCAUGACCAAGUGCUUGAGGAAUUCGAGACGUUCUUUACAAGCGCCGACGAGAACUGGAAGAACAGGUGUACAAGCAAACACAUUUACCGCAACGAGCACGGCAAGCCAUUCUGGUAUGCUGGAUACGAGCACACAAGUGUACGCGACUGUUUUCGCGUGGCUUGUAGGGACAUGUCGCGGCUGGUGUGGCCGUCGUCUGAGUUUCAAACGCAUUGGCUGGCUUUGCAGCGCCACAUGCAGCGCAUUUGCGAUCGUGCGUUAAGUUUAACGGUUGGCUACGAUGUUGAGCCUAGCCAUGCACGCUCGGAUAAGGAUUUCUCCGUCUGCUACGGACUGCACUACCCGAAUAGUGAGGGGAGUGGUCAAUCUGAAACGGAGAACGUUUUCGAGCAUGUGGAUCCAAGUCUGUACGUGGUCGAACCUGUGUCUCGAGUCGAGGGGUUGGAUGUGUAUGACCAAUCUUCCCAGCAGUGGCUAAUGGUUGAAAAAGUGUGCGUUCCUGGAAAAGAGAUUGUACUCUUCUGUGGUCAUGCCCUGAAUCGUGCCACGCGAGGUCGCAUACCUGGAACGCUGCACCGCGUUCAUCGCAACCCGGACCGACGAUUUUGUAUUGUGUACGAGCAGAAGUAUGAGGAGUACUUCCUUUGA